GAAGUUUCAGUUUUAAUGAAAUCGUCAUUUCAUUCCAGUCAUCCAGUUGGGGUGUCUGAUUCAAACGCCGCGGCAGAGCUUCUAGACAUCAUUCUCAUGAAGGAGGGUUAUGGCGUGGAACAAACAGCAUCCCAGGUAGCAUCUUCGCCCCCGUAUUUUAGUGGGUCUCCUCCAAGUAGGGCUGCCAACCCUUUGAUUCAAGAUGCUCUAUUUGGAGAUGAAAAACUCACACCAUUGCAAGUGCCAGUAGUACCAUCCCCGUCUGGUUUACCAUCACCUUCAUCAUCAGCACGUAAGGCUGGAUGUACUAGAAUGAAGUUCGGGCUUAAACCAGCAACUGUUAGAGUAGAAGGAUUUGAUUGCCUUAACAGGGAUCGCCAGAAUUCCAGCAUCCCUGCUAUGGCCUAGAUUUCCAUAAAAGAAACUGUACAUAGAAGGAAGCUGAAUGUCAACAUAAUUCACAAGAGCAGCAGACCUAACAAGAAGAGGGAGUUUUGAAUAUUUUUGGAGAGAAUUAAGAUGAUGUGUUAAGUAGUGUAUAUAAAUCGGUAUGUGGUUUUUUCGCCAGUGAUCUAUCUCAUUGCUAAUGUCUCUGUAAGUAUUUCCGAUUGAACGGCAAACCUUGUGACUUGAAUAUUUUGGAGAGCAUGGUGCUAUAUGUAAUAUAUGAUAAAAGUGAUUAGUAUUGGGAGGGUCUUUUCAUUUGUUUUGUGAACGAUCACCAUGGAAAGAAUUUGUAUAGAGUCUGUGGGUGAUUGAAAUUUGGUCAUUGAUCCUGUAAAUGUAUUUUGGCAAUUGUUAAUGGCCUGGUUUGGUUAUAUCUUUUUCCCUCUUCCUGCUAUUUUGUUACAUAUACAUAAAUGAAGAGAGUUGCUUUUUCUUGUU